AUGGCAUGUGAACAUGGAGUGUGUGAGUGCAGCAUUGCAAACGCUCCAGUUGGACUACCUGGCCCUGUCGGGGAGCGUGGUGAUGCUGGAAUGACUGGAGAGUUUGGUCAGGAGGGUGAUGGUGGAGACCCUGGUCUCCAAGGAGAUGAUGGGUUCCCUGGCUCUCGUGGACUCAUUGGGGAACCAGGCCCAAAAGGCAGAAAAGGGGACACAGCAGUGGCCACACAGAAAGGAUACCAUGGAGAUCGAGGAGAUCCUGGACUAGACGGUGAGCCAGGAACACCAGGUGCUCCAGGCCUGAGCGGUGUGCCUGGUUUCCCUGGGAACCGAGGUUUUUCAGGAGAAGGUCCCAGGGGAGAGCCUGGAGACAAAGGUUUCCCAGGUCUACCCGGUCGACCCGGUGCAGCCGGGCUGAGGGGAGAACCAGGUGCAGUACUUGGGGCUCUAAAAGGCCAACGUGGUUUACCCGGUGAUGACGGUCUUGCAGGCUUUCCAGGAAUUCCAGGAACACCUGGCAGCCCAGGUGACUGUAGACCGACAGGAGAUGGAGGACAGGUGGAUGUAACAGGUUCUUGCGGUGCAAAUCCAGGGCCCCCCGGGCCACCUGGACCUCCAGGACCAGAUGGGUUACCAGGUUUUCCAGGACUCAUAGGUCAAAAGGGACCACCGGGUCUAGAUGGAGCAGAUGGAGAGAAAGGAGAAACAGGAGAUCCAGGCGUAGGUGGCCUUCCUGGGCCUCCAGGUUUUGCUGGUCCUCGGGGAGACCUGGGAGUUCCUGGCAAGAAAGGUUUGAAUGGAAACCCUGGUUUGCCUGGUGUUCCCGGGCGGCAUGGGAACCAAGGUGAGAAGGGUCAGCACGGUGAGAUCUUUGGAGCAUCACCAGGAGCCCCCGGUGACCAAGGGCUGCCUGGGCUUCUGGGAAAUAAAGGUGAAACCGGGGAUGAAGGAGAUCCCGGUUAUCCAGGAAUGGCAGGCAUGCCUGGUAUGAUUGGUCACAAAGGAGAGCAUGGCCCUCAUGGCCUACAGGGAGAGGAAGGAAGGCCUGGGCCAGUUGGCAAGUAUGGCUAUCCUGGUGACCCUGGACAAUCAGGUCCACCUGGGCCUUAUGGUGCUGUUGGACAGCCAGGUUUCACUGGAGAAAGGGGAACCGAGGGGGAACCAGGCCCUCCAGGUCCUUUUGGAUUAAAAGGGACCCCUGGACCAUACGGUAAUGACGGCGUUGCUGGAGAGUAUGGCUCACCAGGUGACCCAGGAUUGCCAGGUAUAGAUGGACAACCAGGAGUGCCGGGAAUGAAAGGCUACAAAGGCUCCCCUGGCAUGUCAGGUUUUGAGGGGAACAGAGGUGUUCAUGGGUUGAAGGGCGUCAGUGGACAAAAGGGAGAACCUGGCGUGCAGGGACAAUUUGGCCCAAAAGGAGUGAUUGGGAAAAAGGGAAAACAAGGUGAGCGUGGUGUGACUGGACGACCUGGUGACAAACCUCAUAUCCCUGCCCAGAUAGUGGUUGAAAUGAAGGGUCUCAAGGGAGAUCGUGGAGACCCAGGAAAGCAUGGUUUCACUGGACCUAGAGGUUUGAAGGGUUUCCCUGGUGUGCCUGGGUGGGAAGGAGGCCAUGGUUUGCCUGGAGAGCCCAGCAAUGACAAAGGACAGCAUGGAGAUCCAGGUGCUCAGGGACUCCCAGGUCUAAAAGGAAUGCCAGGCCCAACAGGGAAUCGAGGAAUAAGCGGUUUUCAAGGAAUGGAUGGCAGCAAGGGAAUUAAAGGAAGCCGUGGGGCCUACGGUGCAUCAGGAGACAAAGGAAAAAAGGGGGUCAAAGGUGAUCAAGGCCCUCGUAUAGACCUUCCAGGAGCUACAGGAUUGAGAGGAGAGGAUGGUUUCCAAGGAGAACCCGGUCAAAGAGGAUUAACAGGAAAUACUGGGGACAGGGGCACAACUGGAUUUGAUGGCAUUGAAGGGAAAAGGGGAGAACCGGGUGAUCCAGGAAUAGCAGGUUUCUCAGGCUCAGAUGGGCAGAGGGGAACUCCUGGGAACCAAGGUCCAAAAGGCUUUCCUGGAGUUCCUGGAAAAGAUGGAAGCCCAGGCUUUCCUGGUUUCCCAGGAAACAAGGGUUUCCCUGGCUUGCAGGGUCUUUAUGGGUUACAUGGAUUGAAAGGACAAAAGGGUAUCCCAGGAAAUCCAGGUCUGGAUAUCAUUGGACCAGCUGGGGAGCCAGGAGCCAAAGGAGAGAGAGGAGAGAGCGGUGACCCCAACAGCCAACCAGGUUUUCCAGGCACAGCGGGUUUGAAAGGCUUCCAAGGACCUCAAGGUGACCACGGUCUUCCUGGACCACCAGGAUUCCGUGGCCCCGUUGGACCAGAUGGGACCGCAGGUAGACCAGGACUUAGAGGUGACCUGGGAUUUCCAGGAGCUAAAGGAUUACAAGGUUUCCCUGGACCCAGAGGACUUCCUGGUGUGGGUGCUCCCCCCGGAGAAAAGGGUGUUGGUGGUUUUAAUGGGUUUCCUGGAAUCCCUGGUAGGAAAGGAUUCAAAGGAGAUCAAGGUUCAUUGGGAUACAAGGGACCCCAUGGUGUCUCUGGGAAAAAAGGGGUGAAAGGAGAGCAAGGACUGAUGGGAGUUCCUGGUAUAAAUGGUGUGAAGGGUGAAAGAGGCCCAGUCGGUACAAAAGGAAACACUGGAGCAACAGGUUUUCGUGGAGUUCCAGGUUCCCAGGGUCCUCCUUCAAUUCCCAUCAGUAUUCCAGGAGAGAGAGGCCCUCCAGGACCACAGGGUAUCCGUGGACCCGGGGGGGUCGGAGGGGAACCAGGGCCGCAUGGUCCUCCUGGUGAUCCAGGUUUCAUAGGACCUUUUGGGCCAAAGGGCAUGCCGGGUAUUGGCGGCACACCGGGAACACCUGGAUUCCGUGGAGACGCUGGACAUAUUGGCCACCCCGGUCUACAGGGCAUGGAAGGUCACCGUGGCAACCCUGGGAUCCCUGGGUUACCUGGUAUGCCUGGCCGCAGUGUCAGUGUUGGGUACCUACUGGUGAAACACAGUCAGUCCGAUCAUAAGCCCAUGUGUCCUGUGGGAAUGUCUAAACUCUGGGACGGCUACAGCUUGCUGUACUUCGAAGGCCAGGAAAAGGCUCACAACCAGGAUCUCGGUUUGGCUGGCUCUUGCCUCCCCAAGUUCAGCACCAUGCCCUUCCUGUACUGCAACCCUGGAGACCUGUGUUACUACGCCAGCAGAAAUGAUAAGUCCUACUGGUUGUCAACAACUGCGCCUCUUCCUAUGAUGCCCGUGGAGGAGGGAGAGAUUAAACCAUACAUCAGCCGCUGCUCAGUGUGCGAGGCUCCAUCAGUUGCCAUUGCUGUCCACAGCCAGGACAUCACGAUCCCACAGUGUCCUGUGGGCUGGCGCAGCCUGUGGAUUGGCUACUCCUUCAUCAUGCAUACAUCAGCAGGAAGCGAAGGUGGAGGGCAGUCCCUGUCGUCGCCUGGCUCCUGCCUGGAGGACUUCCGCACAGCGCCGUUCAUUGAGUGCAACGGAGCCAAGGGGACAUGCCACUACUUCGCUAACAAGAACAGCUUCUGGCUAACCUCCAUCGAUCAGUCAUUCCAUGCUAAACCAGCAGCAGAGACACUCAAAGGGGGCCAGCUCCUGUCACGUAUCAGCCGCUGCCAGGUCUGCAUGAAGAAUUUAUGAAAGACUCUACUGACAGAAAGACAGCUUGACAGUGGUUGAGUGGUCGAGUGUUUUCUCUCUCUAAGGCGAUCUGAAAUACUGACUUAGGUCACUGUAAAUUGAGAUUAAACCCCAAGCCAUGGAGCCCUGAUAUGCAAUAACCAUGUGAAUCCUUGAGCUUUGAAUAAAAUGUCCCGCUGUAGAUAGAUCAAGAGAGGCCCCAUAAUGAAGCUAACAGCAUUAUGGGAAAGGUAUGUGUAUGUUAAAUGUGGAUUGGUGCUUAUUGUUUUAACUUAUUACCUCAGCUACUUUGACACAGAUCGGUGACCGUCUACUACAGCUGAACCAAAGAUGCUUGUGUUUAUGCACUGCUUCAGUUUAUUUACGUGUUUUUAAUGUUUAGGUUAUACAGCACACCAUAAAGCCACUAACCCUGCCUCUCAUCCACUUGAAGAGUGUGUCAUUAGAGGUCUUGAACAAUAGUUUGUUGAUAGUAUUGACAGAAUUAUCCUGCUUUUAUCCCAUGGCUCUUGCAAAACGUAUCCAGUCCUUUAACUUGUUUUUAAGCAUUUAUCCACUACUGCAAAAUAGUAUGCAGCUCUUCAAUUUUCCUAUAGCACAUUCAUACAAUGCACUGAUUUUCUUUGUAUUUAUACCAGCUGAAGGAACUUGACCCCCUAUAUGUAACAUGUCUUAACAUGUAUAUCUUAUCUAACAUUACUCAUGCCACCGUCAUCUUGCUUUACAAAUCCACUUACUAUGGCACUGCCCUAGGAGCUGCCAGCAGGACAGAAUGUAAAACAGCCUGGAUCAAAGGUCAGAAAAUCCAAAAUCCUUGCUCUGGUCACACAGCAUUUUAACCAAUUUUAAAAAGUAGGUCAAACUUUUUAAUUCAUCUACAUUCAACUGUCUGGAAAUUAACACUUUGACUAGAACUGAGAAAUAAUGACAUCUGUUUUAAAUGCAAUGUAAUUAUGUUUCAUAACAUGAUCAGUUGAUUGGCCUGUAAAGAUUAAAUGUCAUAUGUUGUA